AUGGAAGCUGUCUCCAACAACAAUCCAUGGUUCACUACCAACAUUGAUGCAACUGGUAGAAAAGGUCUAAGUGCUUUACAAAAGUGUACUGCAGCUCUUCGUAUGCUAGCAUAUGGGGUGGCUGCUGAUCAAGUUGAUGAGUACCUCCGAAUUAGCGAAAGCACAGCACGAAAAGCACUCACUCAUUUCACAAAGGGAAUAAUCAACCAAUUUGGGCAACAUUAUUUGAGAAAACCAACACCACAAGAUUUGACGAGAUUAUUAGCCUUUAGUGAAGAACGAGGAUUCUCUGGCAUGAUUGGUAGUGUUGAUUGCAUGCAUUGGGAGUGGAAGAAUUACCCAGCAGCAUGGAAAGGGCAAUAUCAAGGGCGAGCUGGUGUUGCAACAUUAAUUCUUGAAGUUGUCGCCGAUCAUGACCUAUGGAUAUGGCAUGCCUUUUUUGGGAUGCUAGGUUCAUAUAAUGAUCUCGACGUGCUAUAUCGAUCACCUCUUUUAGUUGAUUUGUUUGAAGGAAGGGCACCACCUUCUAUUACUGAACCGCAAACAGCAAAAGCAAGGUUAUUUUCCCAACAUCAAGAAGCAGCAAGAAAGGAUGUGGAGCGAGCAUUUGGGGUGUUGCAAGCUCGAUUUGCAAUAAUUAGAAAGCCCUCACUUGCUUGGGAUGAAGAACGACUCUCUGAUAUAAUUACUUCUUGUAUAAUUAUGCAUAAUAUGAUAGUGGAAGAUGAAAGAGAUACAUAUACACAUUAUGCUGAUGGUAGAGAGUUCAUGGGAGAUCGCCCAAAAGGUCAAUCAGAAGUUACAAGUGGAUUAAAUGAUGACUUUGAGUAUUACACAGAUAGAAUUGUUGAUAUCAAUCGAUACUUGGCAAAUAAGGAUGAUGUUGAAGAUCGACAAACACAUUUAUCUUUAAAAGAUGACUUGGUUGAAAAUAUCUGA